AUGCGACACGAUGCGAUGCUGCGAGCCAGCGAGAGACACCUCAGCAGGACAAUCGGGUCAGGGACAACGAAGGCACUAUCAACUCCAACAGAGGUCCACCACGAUGCGACGCAUGCGAUUCAAAGGGGUCAAUGGGUGGUUCGAGUUUGUGGGAUUCAGCGAGGACAUUUGCGCAUGUUCGAUCUUGGUGUUGCGGCUUCAAUUGAGCAUCUGGUGUUGUUGGUGUUGGUCGCAUGAAUUGCUGGUUGAAUAUGUUGAAGCUUGCAGGCACCAGCAGGUGAAGGUCGAGGUCGAGGUCGAGGUCGAGGUCCUCGGGCUGGUAAAUUUACUCCGUACCCGUGGAAUCGAGUGGCCGAGUCCACCAAGCAAGCUCAACGGGAGCUCAAUUGGAAGCUCAAGCUCAAGCUCAUGCUCAAGCUCAAGCUGCACCAGAAUGCACUGCACCGCAGUCUGCACUUUACCGGCACAGGCACAGAGUAA